AUGAAAAUGCUGAAGUGGCUCGUUCUGCUGGCCGUGGUGGUGUGCGGGAUAGGGGGACAGAACGCGCCGCAGGAAGCCAGCACGGUUGCUCCUGAAGAUAUCUUCAGUCUCUCGGAGGAAGACUUCCAAUUGUGGAUCUCCGGACGUCAGCCUAAGGCAUGGGGAGGUUCGGGCGAAGGAGCUGGAUCUAACACCGUCGGGACUACGACCACCCCUCGGACUACUGCAGCGUCCGUGUUCCGUACCACCUCGACCACUCCGAGCCCCUCCACUGCGAGUACCACUGCCGCCCCGCAAGCGACCACACCCAAUCCGCUGGAGUUCUUCACCGUCGGGUCACCACCGGAAUCGGAUGGGAAGUCGUGGUUCGAGGGCGAGGAAGAUGCUACACUGCGGCCCGACGUUCUCGGUGACCAGUUCCGACCGGCCGGCGAAGACUUUGCCCAGUGGCUCGAUCGACAGAUGAACAAAGUGCAGGAAGUGACUUUCACUCCUCAGACGACCUUGACGGGCGACCAGUUCCCGGGACUCGUCACACGCUUGACGACGGUCCGAAACCGGAUUCCCACUCCAACCACGUUCGCUCCAUCUGCGGCCGAUGCCGUCACUCUGCCUCCUCCACCUGCUCCUUCCCCUGCAUCCACCUCCUUCGCACCGCUACCUCAACUCGAACCCAUCUCCCCGAUCGUCCCCAGUACGACCUUCGGAGGGCAACCAGCGAACGGUGGUGGACAACAACCUGUCGAUCUUCAGAAGUGGCUUCGCGAUCAGCUGCAGCUCUCCCAGUCCCUAACGGAUCGGCUCCUGGCCCAGUGGUCCCCAAGCGGGGCCUUCAUUCGCACCGAUGGUCAUCGCUACACACCCAGCGCCGUGUCCUAUCAAACGUCGGCCCUCAUCCAUGGUUUUCAGGGAGUUUCGCACACCGGGCAUAUACGCAACGAACCUCCACUUCCCUUCCCGGGAACGUCGCACUCCACCGACUCCUACCUGAGCCACCAGAAACCCGCAGUCCAGCCGGCACCAACUCCGGUUGCUCCUGUCGUGCCGAUCCGACGCCUGCAACCAACGGCCGCGCCGGUGUUCUUCCCAGCUCCCGGCAGCUACUACUACUCCGCCCCAUCGGUGCCGUUCGUGGGUCACUACCGAGCGCCGGUGGUGAUCAACUACCACUAA